AUGGAAAAGUCUACUAAACUUUUCACUUCAUCAUUCUCUUCAACAGCAUCAACUAGUGUUCUCAACAAAGUGACACGUCUUAUCGAAGAACAAACAUCGGAAUCAAUACCUACAUUCAUUGCUCAAUCGUUUCAUUCUUUACUUAUCAUCGAACAUUGGACAUGGGAAAUACUUGGUAGUAAUUCCCGACAAUGGAUUAACGAGCAAUCCUAUUCAAAACUAUUUUAUGCUCUUGCAUCGUUCAACAUGAAAUUGAUUUUCUGUCAGGAUAAUAUCGAACCUGAUACAAAAGCAUCUCUUCUCCUUCCUGAUGCUAUCGAAUGCAUCAACAAUGUAUUCGAACAAAUCAAUAAAACGGACGAUACGACGGAUGAGACAUAUUUUAAGAUUAUUAAUCUUUGGUUCGAUGUUCUCUCACAUUUAAUUCAUGAAUAUAAUCAAUAUGUUUCAUCUCAUAUCUUUAAUCAUAUCAAUUACUACAUCGGCUGCCAUUAUCUGAUGAGUGAUCAGUACAAAUUCUAUUUGACCCAACUUCGGGAACGGAAUCUUCCAGACUCCGUAUUAACUAGUAAAUUACUCUUCUAUAUCAGAACAUGCACACUAUCAGUAAACGCCGGUUUAGAUCCAACAAAUGAAAAGUUUUCUUACACUAUCGAUCAGAUUCUCGAACAUUUCGCCGAAGAUUAUUCGGAAAUAAUUCGUGUUCAUAGUUAUACUGUUACAACAUGGAGCAAACAAUUACUCACAUGUAUCACACAUCUCAUCAGUCUUAUCGCUUCAAUUUGUUAUUGGGAUGAUAAGAAAACAAAAAAUAUCGAUAUAUUUGUUCCAUCGACAGACACAUCGUAUGAGUUUGUACAAGCACUCAUUCGUAUUAUCUGUCAUAAGCCAUUUCAUGAACAAAUCAAAGCUCAGUGGUCUAAUGAUGAAACAAUUCUUUUUGAUGCUAUUUUGAUUUUUCUAACUGGCGUCACAGAAACACAAGAUUUAAGUUGUCGCAUACUUUUAAGAACCGCAUUGGUCGAUCUAUUACAGACGAUGGCUCAAACAACAUUGUACGAUAGGAUUUGCCUUGGUGCUUACGGUAUUUUAGGUGUAAUUUUGUCGGAAAAUGAACUCAAACGUCUAAAUAUAGCUGAGAACAUGGUUUUAUUUUUCUUCAACAUCAUUGAACAAGCAUGGCGGCAUCCAACAAGAAGAUGCAAGCAAAUUCCAAUUUCUCGCCUGCUUCAUGGUUGUGUGAAUUUCUCAAAGAAUGAUAUCAUUCAACGUCAAACAGCCAAAGCAAAUAAAGUACCGUUGUUGGUUGAAAUGUGCGAUGAAUAUCCAAUUGUGUUCGAUAUUCUCUGGGGUCUUUCCUUCAAUCCGCUCAUUCAAGAGCAACUUCAUUUGAAUCAAUCGUUUAUGACCAAAUUGAAUCAACUCGACAAGAACUGUACCGAUGAAAAUAUAUGUAGGAUUGUCAGUGGAAUACUCUGGAAUUUAGAUUCGAAACAAGAUCAAAAUGUACCAUUUGCGGAUAAAACUGAUGAAAGAUCAUUUGAUAUAAUGAUAAGUUAUUCACAUAAGGAAAGAUUUAUUUGUAAACAAUUAUAUGAAGAACUUAUUCGACGCAGCUAUCGCGUCUGGAUCGAUUUUGACCACAUGCAUGGCAAUGUAAUGGAUGCAAUGGCAAAGGCUAUUGAGGGAUCGCAUACAAUAUUGAUUUGUAUGAGUGAACAUUACAAACGUAGUAAUUAUUGUCGAGCCGAAGCACAGUAUGCAUUCAAACGUCAGCUCAAGAUUGUACCAGUUCUCUUGCAACAACUUUAUAAGCCUGAUGGUUGGCUUGCAUUUCUUAUCGGUGAAUUGCUCUAUGUUAACUUCACGAAAUACAAUUUUCAACAAGCCUUUGAAAUGUUAAUUAAUGAGCUCAAUGCUCCCGCUCAUCAUGACAAUACUUCUGGUACACGUGUUUCACCUCCCAAGCCAGACACUCAGACGAAGAAUGCUGUUUCACUAUCAAUACCGGAGCAUCUUUCUACAAAUAUGCGAGACUGGACGCAAGCACAAGUGCAUGAUUGGCUGACAAAACAUAAUCUUGUGCAAAUGUCUGGGCUUCUUUUUGAUUAUGAUGGACGAAGUUUAAUGCAUUUGAUGAAGUUUGUCACCAAUGAUGAACCAAAACGAAUUUUAUCAUUAAUGGAAAAGGAUUCGCUACGACGAAUAAAGCAAACUUUGUCAUUAGUCGAGUUUGCUCGUCUCUGCAGCCUCAUGGAACAAUAA